AUGGAUUACAACCGGCAGGUAUAAAAGACUGAGACACUUGAGGAAGACAAGCCAUCUGUCGACUUCAAACCUUCAGGUACGGUACUCAACCUGAUACCAUGAAAAUAUUAUUUGCUUAUCUCUCAAAUCUUAACUUUAAUUUUUAAAGCUUAUCAUUUUGUGUGCAAACUUUUACUAUAAGUACAAGCCAUGGGUCUUUCUCAUUGCUCAUUGGCAAAAUAAAAACUUUCCAUAAGUUUUUUAUUCAUUUUUUAUUUUUCACUUUUACAUUUCGAAACCUGCGGUUUGAUAAUUAUUUUUGCAGAAUGCGAGUUCUUUCCGUCGUCUUCGCCUUGGUCGCCGCCUCGUCGGCUUUCCUUUUCCCUAGCGCCGGAGGCGGCUGCGGAUGGUACAUCGAAAAUUCAGAUUGUUUUUAAUCAAUGUUUCCAAAUUUUCAGCGCUCCACCCCCACCACCACCAUGCGGAGGCGGAUGCGGUAAGCAGCCUUUGGACCAUCGGAAUUCAAAACGAAAUUUCAGGAGGAGGCGGCGGCUACGCUGCUCCACCACCAGCAUACGCUGGUCCCCCAGCCGGAGGAUACGCCGUCGCCGGAAAAUAAGAAGCUCAACAACUGA